CGACUUGGACCAUUCACUAAUCGGAGUUGAGCUGCUUGUUUAAUUUCUGCAUUAAACAGAAAAAAAAAGAGGCGGGGAGGAGGUGUCAGGAAUUAUACAUGAAAAGGUCCCCUAAAGACCAAAGGAAAGGAAAAAACUUCGCUAGUGCUAUCCAGGAUGUGACAAGGUGAAGGCUGUUGAGGAUCAAGUUCUGAGUUUUUUCCUCCAUGUUUUCCUAGCUCAGAAUUAAACAGGAUCUGCAAGCUGGAAAAGUGACAGGGGAGAAGAAAUCUGCUGAACUCCUGGAAAACCCUUAGAAAUACCCCUCUGCAAACAAUAGUCUCUGUGAUGAGGAUGAUGCCAGUAGUAUACCCUGGUUCUGGGAUGUGGUCAAAUAUUUAGCCAGCACUGAAGAAAGACCCCGGACUAACAAAAAGAGCUCUUGACGGUAACUUCAUCAGACAUCAGCACCAUUGACAGGUGUCCAGGUAUGGGGUUCUCAGUCCAGGUGACACCAGUCAUCUUCAUCUUGUUGUUGAUAUCUACACAGCAUCCCGCUACAGGUGGUGGCCACGAUCCACUGAUUGUCUUGGAUGAUUAUGAGGACAAUGGUAUCAGACUCAGAUGUUCCUCUGAGCGGUUGAUUUCUGAAGUUCAGGUGUUGUGGACAGACAGUAAAGGAGAAAAUUUCACUGGAACACCACUCAACACUGGCCCUGGCAGUGCUCAUGCCAGUAGCUCCUUUAUUCUAAAACCAGGAUCGGGAAAUUCUGUGUCCUGCAAAAUAAUUGACAAAUUGCUGAAAAAAUCAACAGAGUCUUCAGUUGUAAUUGGAGAUGUUUUCUUUCCUGCCACCUCCCCUUGGCUGGCUGCUUUUGUUGUGAUCCUGCUCUUGAGCAUUCUCCUGGUUAUCGCUGCAACGUAUAAACUCAGAAAGAACAAUAAGACAACUGUUCGUGCGGAAAAUGCACAACGUGAAAUUGAAAAAGAAAUGAUACAGCUCAAAGACCAGCUGGCUAAGGAGCAGAACAAGUCACAGAAGGAAAUAGCCAGAAAAGAACUGGAAUUCAGGAGAGCUCGUAGCAAGGCAGUUAAUAUUACCCUGGAUGAGAACUGCAAAGAUCCAAAACUCAUCAUUGAGGAGAAAAAUAGAGUCAAGUCUUCCAUUCAGAAAGAGGUCACACCUAAAUUGAUUGUCGUAGCUACUGAAGGGUUUUCAGAUGAAAUCCAUUACUGGGAAGUGGAGGUGGGGGACAAGUCAGAGUGGGAGCUGGGGGUGGUGAGUGAGGAGAUUAGGAAUACACUGAAGGGCAGCAAGUCGAAGCCUUUUCUAGAGGGAUGCUUCAGUUUGCAGUUUUCUGAGGGCAAAUAUAGUCUAACUACUGGGGAGGACAUGAGAAAUUUGAAGCAAUGCACUGUGGUUGGUGUUUCCCUGGAUCAGGAAGAGGAAGUGCUUUCAUUCUAUAACGUUGAGGAAAAGUGCCUUCUUGGAUCUAUCUCUCUUGAUUUUUCUGGGAAGCUGUACCCAUUCUUCAGUCCAGGCCCUGAUGACAAAUGGUUGGGGAUACGUCCUGUCAGCAUUGCAAACCCAUUACCCUCUCUAUGAAGCUCUUCCACAGGACCAAGAAGACAUUAAUAUAUUGAUCACAGAGGAUGCAAAAGGAGAGAGGAAGAAAAAAAAUGUAUUUUCAGCCUUUAAAACCAUGCUUGAGAAAGAAAUACUCUCGAAAGUACUUCAAAAGUCUUUGUCUCCUGCUAAGAACUAAUUUUGUAAAAAUCUAGACUUAUUACUUGUUGCAAUUUUCUAGCAUUUCACCUGGACUAAUGAAGCAUGAAUUUAUUUCCCUGUUUGUUACAUUUGUUGUGCAUUCACUUUUAUCAAUAAAUCCAUAGAUUUAUUUACUAGGAAGAAUAUUAAUGCUAAUUGCAAAUUUUAUACAAAGUCAAAAACUACUGAUCAGAAAUCAAAUUGGGACCUAUGAAAUGCAAGUUGUCUUUUUGGAAUUCUGGUUGUAAGCUAUAUUCAGGCAUUCUAGAGUGAAAGGCAGAGUACUUACUGAAUGUGAUAAAACUCUCUCCUUUAAAGCAAUACCUCCUAAGUAAAUGCUUAUAUUUAAACAUCAGUUAAGAUAGCUUGACUUGAGGAAUGGGAGUCAACAGCUAGAUUCUGCUGACCGUAUUUAAAAGCCUAAUUUAAUCUGAGCUGCUAAGAAAAAUGUGAUCUAUCUGCAUAAUGCUAUCAGAUAACAUGGGAUUUAUGGGAGUAGCUGCUGAAGAUGCAGUAAGAUAUGAUAUGGCAUCUCAAAUGGCAAUAGAUGUCUAUCUUCAGACAAGUGAAUCACGCUCCUUUCUCUACUGACUCUAAAGGCAGCUUCCAAAACACUUACUUGCAUAUAGACACAGAAUUAGGUGUCUUAAUUUUCAAGCUGAAUAUCAUCUGUAAUUUAAGGUGAGCCAACACUAAAAAUGAAGUUAGCUGACUAUCACCAUUUCAGCUGAGUUUACAGCUCUCAUGAAUAAAAGCGGACUGAACAACUGAAAUGACAGUCGGGGAACACAGUCAGUGUCGUGAGAUGUGUUCCUUCAAACCACGUAGCUCAAUUACUCAAAGCAACCAGUCUCUUGAAAAAUGACCAAGUCAGAAAAGGGACAGAUUCAUUAAAGCAAAGGUAGGACAUCAAUGUGGGCAUGUAUUAUUAUCCACUAGCCUGCCUUUGAGGAAUGUAAUGCUUUCCUAUACAAUGCUCGCUUUGCCUCCUUCUUUUUCUUUUUGUGCAUUUAGACUAAAUACCAGACUGUUGCAAGUCAUGGUGUACUCCACAGGUGACUAUUAAUCUCUGUUAAUCCAGAUGACCCAAUGUCUUCUAAGUUUCAUAGAUAAUGCUCCUUUAUUUUUUAUUUAUUUUCCCCCAAUGGUAGUUCAUCAAGAGAGGACUCAGAGAACAUGCUUGCUGGAGCUUAUGUAGAUUGCAGGUAAAAGAUAAUAGUACAAGGAAAUAGUCUCUGAAAUGUGGCCAUAAAGGUAUGGGGUAGGGCCUGCCAAGGGUCAAAAACUAAUUGAUUUAGCCUGCUUGUGACAGGUGCUGUAACAGAAGGAAAACGGUGGUAGUAAGACACAACUAACGGGGUCUGUGUGCACAGAAGAGAUGUAGUGUUGCAGCUCUGUGGGCUGCACUGCUUGUCUGAAGUAUCUGGAGAUAGGACCCUGGAAAAGUUUCCAGGGAGAUUUCCACUGUGGCAGCCUGGACCACCAUUCCUCUCUAUCAAUCAGGUGUCCUGGAAGCAGAGUGAAAGGAUCAUGUGACAUCUGCUUGAUAGCCCUGUUAUCCUCCUUAACCCUUGGAAGGAACUUAUUUACAGAGAUCAGCUCUCCAUUGUGGCAGCAGGGGAAAAUUUUUUCUGAAUGUACUUCUACAGUAGACUAGCAUCUUUCCAUGUUUGCAACAGCUCAAAGCAGAGAGGUUGGGAAUGAGAAUGCACAUCUGUAUUUAUUGACUACGGACAGCUAGCUUACACUUAGAUGAGAACUUUUUUAUUAGAGAGAAAGGAAACUCGCUCUUUGCCUGCACUAAGUGAAAAGCCAUACCCACUCCCUGAGGCGGAGGUCCCUCUGCAUUUACCAGGGUGAACAGCACAAACUGCAGCUACUCCAGAAUAGUAAACAUACUGAACUUCACCUCUCUGGGGCAAACUCUUAGUUGUGAAGCUACUCCUCUCUGACUUUAGCUGUUGCUAUGGAAAGCCAAUUUAGCAGUAUUGGUUACCUACUCUGUAAUAUAUGUUGAACCCCACUGCUGUGCAGAGUGAUUACAAUUUACUGUGUCAAAUAUUAAAAAAAAUUUAAAUUUAAGGAAGACUUCCCUCAAGAGAAGGGGAAGAAGCAGAGGUGAAAGCUAGGACUGACAUGCUUCCAGGCCGAGCAUGAACAUGCUCACUGGCCCCAUCACAGACACCCUUCCUUUCCUGCUGGCUGGGCAGUUUUGCUCAGCUUCCAAUUUUUUGCUCUGUUUCAUGUGGUUUUAUACUUCUUUUGUGUCAGUAUUUUUUCCUUCUGAUUCCAUGAG